AUGGUGGCUGUAUUGAACGCCGUUCAAGGAUUUUUCGACAACUAUGGAGACCCUCGUACCAAGGAUUGGUUUUUGAUGCACAACCCUCUGCCCACGGCACUGAUAUGCGCUACGUACGUGUUCACCGUCAAAGUCGCGGGGCCCCGAUUUAUGGCCAACCGCAAACCGAUGGAGCUGAGGAACGUACUCAUCGCUUAUAAUCUCUUCCAAGUGAUUUUCAGCUCUUGGUUGUUCUAUGAGUGUAUGAUGGGCGGCUGGUGGGGUGAAUAUAGUCUCAGUUGCCAACCGGUAGAUUAUUCGAAUAAACCGUCCACAGUAAGAAUGGUCAACGUAUGUUGGUGGUAUUAUUUCUCAAAAUUCACAGAAUUCAUGGACACGAUAUUCUUUGUUCUCCGCAAAAAGGAUAGACACAUUUCGACCCUGCACGUGAUUCAUCACGGAGUGAUGCCAAUGAGUGUGUGGUUUGGAGUGAAGUUCACACCAGGUGGCCACAGCACGUUCUUCGGAUUGCUGAACACGUUCGUCCACAUAAUCAUGUACUCGUACUACCUGUUGGCCGCCCUGGGCCCCAACGUGCAGAAAUACUUGUGGUGGAAGAAAUACUUGACCACCCUGCAGAUGCUGCAAUUCUUGGCCAUCAUGCUGCACGCUUUCCAACUGCUCUUCAUCGACUGCAACUACCCGAAGGCUUUCGUCUGGUGGAUCGGCAUGCACGCCGUAAUGUUCUUCUUCUUGUUCAAGGAGUUUUACAAGCAACAGUACACGAAACCUGACAAACAAACGGCCGGCGCCCAGUCCAGACCCUCGGCCAACGGCUCGUCCAAGUCGUCCAACGGCUACAGCAAACAGUCGGACUACUACAUAAAUAGCAACGGACUGUCUAGGCCCGACCUGGUACACAGGACCACGGCCGGAUCGCACUGA